GCUCGAGCGCGCGCGGCCGCUCCGCCUCGCUCUCGCCGCGCUCCCCCAUGCCGGACCUCCCGCGCGUCACGUCGCAGCCUGCCCUGCGUCCGAAGACUGUACAUAUCGAUGACCACGCGGUCGUCGUGCAGCAGGAGGAGACACCCCUGACUGACGCGAUACAGAGUGCUGACUUCCCGCUUCUGCGCUCGCGCUCGCGCUCGACCUCCCCCGUGUCGACUCCGCCUGGGCUCUUGGUCGACUCGCAUGUACCGGAAACGGUAGAGAUGGAGCCAGAACCGGAGCCGGAGCCGGAAACGGAGCCAGAACCACAACCACAACCACAACCACAACCAGAGCCAGAAAUGGAGACGUCGACGCUGCGCAGGCGCACCUUGAGUGCGAGCAAGUUGCUUCGCCGGUCGUCCAGCACGGGCACUGGUGGUAGCCGCAGGAGAAGCAAGAUAAUGUCAGUGCACGAGUUUCUGGUGAAGAAGCCCUCGACUGGGAGCAACACGUCGAAGUCUAGUCGGCGUGCAGGUAAAGCACCUCCUCCUCCACAGCAUGUGGACGCGUCUGUCUCUACAGAAACUGCACGUGUGUCUGUGGUCGUUACAGCGUCGUCCGUGCCCGUUCAGCCGCCGAAGCCACAGGCGAAGGCGGAGGCGAAGCCGCAUGUUCAGGAGCAUAAGCAAGCCAAGCUGCCUCCACCGACAGCUAUGGUGACGCGCGCGAGGAACAUCUCUAACAACCGCGACCGGGGUGCGGACAGCGAUCCAGGACACGGUGGCAAAGGGUCGCGCUUCAUCAUGCACCGCCCGAAGAAGAGUCUCAGUCAGGUCAGCCUGGCGUUGACGACGCUUCCCAACCUGAACGCCGGGCCUCCCAUGGCGCGUAGUGCGAACCCAAGCGUCGGAAGCGCGAUGACGGGGGGCACUGGGUUUGGUUCAACCGCUGGCUUGAGUGGGGACGAGAUGUCCACGCAGACACAUGAGCUGACUCUUCUGCAGCCACCUCCUCAUAGCGCCCCUCCGGUCCCAGUGUCGGUCCAGGCGAUGCAGAAUGCAGCGCCAGUAGCGGAGCCUCCUCGCAGGUCUGCGGAUCAGGAAAGGCCUGCCGAGGCGCGUCAGCCAAAGGCAUCUGAGAAGCCACCCUUGACCGAGCGCAGUGCGAGGCGGCUCUCGGGCUUCCCGGUGCUAGAGGAGAACAAUUCUGUUGUGGAGAGGAAGCAGGAGACCAGCGAAGUGCGCCCUCGUGUUGCCGAACGGAGACCGACGCAGACAUAUGCGAUACCGACAAUUAGUAACACACGUCCACUCACCAUCAUCUCAUCGCGGGCAGCGUCCCCAGAACAGGCCACUCCCGACAACUCCUUCCAGCUGCUGGAGCGUCCGCCGACUCCUCCGCGCUCGCAAUCACGCAAUGCUGUCCCUCCCAUUCCUGCACUCGUCCCGCGCACGCCUUCACCUGACCGCCAUCGUCCAUCGUAUCGCAAUUCGCCACUCCCGCCUCCGCCACCAGACUCUCCGCAGUUUUAUGUGUCGCCAAUCCCUCCUGCCACGGACACCAGUAUGAUGCAGCCCGCGCCGCUUCCGCGCUCCCCUCCUCAACAUUCUGAGCCGCCGACGCCGCUUCCUGCUCCUACGCCACGAGCCAAGUCCCCUGCGCCCCCCAUACCUCACACUCAUGCUCCGACCAGAGAGACUCGCGAUGCUGUCCCGACGGUGAUACGCAAUGAUGUCGCCACGGAGCGUACCGUACCUAUGCGCUCUGGUACACCGCCAAUGGAGGGCAGGCAGCGCAGGCGGGAGCCAACUAGGGAAGAACGCUCAGAUUCGACGCCAUACAUGUUCGCGGUGCCGCAAAUCCGCUCUCAUCCUCCACCUGUCCCUCGACCCGAAAUGUAUACGGAGUCGCGGCCAAAGGCACUCGAGAGGCGACGCAUAAGCACUGCGCAGAUCUCUGGCCCAAUACAGACGUCAACCCCGGCCGCUGAAGUACAGCAGCGCAAUCUCACACCCGUGUCUCCGCCUGCUCAGUACAAUCACCACAGGCCUCAGUCACCAGAGCCCGAGACGCCCUACCAGUAUUCUUCCUACCCGCCUCAUGACUACGCCAGAGCCCAGUCUCCUCCUCCGGUACCCGAGUUCCGCGCUCAGUCUCCGCCACCGAAUGCAUCUCACUCUCGCGUGCGAUCUCCUCAGGCCACCUCCCGCGCGCAAACACCCGCUGGAAGAAAGGCAUCCCGAGCGCGCUCUCCGCAAUCUGCUCAGGACCAUGGAACAGUGACCCGUGGACGGAGCUACGACCAGCUGCAAGGCUUCGGUUCGCUCACUAGGCAGGAGACGGCGCACAGUAGUACGCAGGGCUCGCAGUCCCACACCAGACACCAUGACACCGCGCCAGCUACGCCUGUCCCGCACCAUGCGACACCGUCACCGACAAUGUCUGCCAACUCGCAGCCUCUGCAGCUGUACACGCGCACUGACAACUCGAAUGAGCCCCGUCGCGCGCGGUCGUACCAGCCGCUAAGGGAGCAGCAGCAGCAGCAGGAUCGGCGCCAGCAGCGGCUCCUGGGCAACCUGAGGUUCGACGAGUACGCCAUACCGACGCGGGACCAGAUCAAGCACGCUGGCUCGCUGUUCGUCGUUGCGCAGAACGGGCUGCGUGUGCAGUUCUCGGACCUGUUCAGGGAGAGGCGGACGGUCGUCUGUUUUAUCAGGCAUUUCUGGUACGUACACAGCACGCUUCCUCGGAGAGUCGCUUGACUGAACUGCGCUUUAGGUGUCCGGCAGAUCAGGACUACAUGUACUCUAUCGUCAGGAACGUAAA